UGCAACAAAAGCACAGAAUAGCAUCCCAGCUCCUCUCCUCCGCUCCUUUCCCCUCACCGCAUCUCUCCUCCUCGGUGCCGAGAACUCAACAGAGCACAGCAGAGCUGUGCGGUACUGGCGUCGCUAGUGCAGCCUCUGCCUGCCAUCAACAAGUUAGGGAUGAAGGACGUUAAGCAGUGAAAGAGGAAUGCGUGAUCUUCAAUUAACCAAUUGAGCUGACAUCAUUGCAGAGAAAAAGCAAAGAGGCAGCUAAGGGACGGAGGAUCUGCUCAGCAGUGUCGCUUUGGAUGCAAAUCGUCAACUUCAAGAUCAAGGAUUCCUGAAAGGCGACGGAUGAUUGUCUUUUCUUAAUCUGGGAAUUGCAUAGCAGGAGGGAAAAGCGGACUGACUAAAAACUGCAUCCCAGGACAUGGAAUUCCUGAAUUUGGUUCAACUGGGGGGGCUAAGCACCGCUUUAUUUCUCAAGAGCCUGAUUCCUUUUGUAUUUACUCAAAAGGCUUUUUUCCCUCUGGAUUUCUCAUCCAUCUGGCUGCUCCAAAAGUCUACGGAAAAAGACAGUUGAAUGCAGCCUCCGAUGUACACAAAAGAAUGGGUUUCCAUUCAAGGUGGCCAUUGGUGGGACGAACACCAGCGGCACUUUGUGUGAUCAGCAUGCUACUGUGCCUCCUUCCCGUGUCAUGCACAACCUGCCCCCAGAAAUGCCGAUGUGAAGACCUGCAGUUUUACUGCGACACGCAGGGGCUCCUGGCGCCCCCAGACGGUGUGGAUAAAGGGGCCCUCGGACUCUCGCUUCGACACAACACUAUUAGCGAUCUCAGCCCAGACCAGUUCUUCGGUUUCACCCAGCUCACCUGGCUCCACCUUGACCACAACCAAAUAACCAACGUGCAUGAGGAUGCCUUCCAGGGGCUGUAUAAACUCAAGGACCUUAACCUGAGCUCUAACCGCAUCACCAAGCUGCCAAACACAACCUUCAUCCACCUCAUCAACCUGCAGAUUUUGGAUCUCUCUUUCAACCAGCUGACAGCUUUGGAGCCCGAGCUCUUUCACGGGCUCCGGAAGCUGCAGAUCCUUCACCUGCGUUCAAACUCCCUGCGCACAACACCGGUUCGGGCAUUCUGGGACUGCCGGAGCCUGGAAUACCUUGCCCUGAGCAACAACCGGCUCCGUAGCCUGGCCCGGAACGGCUUUGCCGGGUUAAUUAAACUGCGGGAGCUCCAUUUGGAACACAAUCACUUGACCAAGAUUAACUUGGCACACUUUCCACGCCUGGUCGCCCUCCAAUUCCUUUAUCUACAGUGGAACAAGAUCAACAAUUUAACAUGUACCAUGGAAUGGAAAUGGACGACUCUGGAGAAACUGGAUCUAACUGGGAAUGAAAUACGAGUACUCACACCAGAGGUUUUUGAGACUCUGCCCAAUCUCAAGAUCUUGUUGCUGGAUAACAACAAACUGACCAGCCUUGAUCCUCAAACCAUGGAUAUGUGGAAGUCCCUAACCUCUAUCGGGCUUUCCAGCAACCUGUGGGAAUGUACCAAAAGGAUCUGCAAUUUAGCCACUUGGCUAAGUACCUUUAAGGGCCGAUGGGAGCAUUCUAUCCUCUGCUAUAAUCCAGAGUACGCACAGGGUGAGGAAAUACUGGAUGCCGUUUACGGAUUCCAACUUUGCCAAAAUUUCUCGGCGCCGGUCGUACUGACCAGCACCACCAUGGAGGCCAUGCUCCCCGAGCUCACAAGCUCCCUGUUCGGAAAUAUGCAGACCACAACGCAGGAGAUCUAUCCAGAGGAUUUUAUGAUUGCUACUGCCACGACAUCCACCACCGAACCGCAGAGCACUGCCCUGGCUACUACCCUGACGGUGGAGGGGGCAGAUGUUACGGAGGACUUCUCUGCCAUGGACAACACAGUGCUGACCCAGAGGGUCAUUUUUGGCACUAUGGCUCUAUUGUUUUCCUUCUUUCUCAUAAUUUUUGUAGUGUACAUAUCAAGAAAAUGCUGCCCUCCAACUCUGAGGCGAAUCCGCCAUUGCUCGGCCAUUCAGAACCGCCGACAGAUGAGAACCCAGCAGAGACAGCCAAUGGCGGACCUGGCCACACAGGUGCCCUAUAACGAGUACGAACCCAGUCACGAGGAGGGUGCACUCGUGAUCAUCAAUGGCUACGGGCAGUGCAAAUGUCAGCAGCUGCCUUACAAAGAGUGUGAAGUAUAAACUUUAUUUAUUCCCACAGUUAAUGGGUUUACCAUUUGUCCGUAUCAAAACAAACAGGGUUUGCUUCUGGACUUUGUUUUCCCUUUUCGGUUUGUACGAACAAGCAUAUUGAUUUGGAAUUUUAAGCUUUGACAUCCAUGAAAGCUUGAUGACUGGGAUAAAUCUGAAAGAGGAAAUAUAGAGAAAUCCACAAGUUUAUUUUUGUAAAACAAAUGCCAGGUUCAUAUCUAGCUGGGGCAAUCAAUCUCAGCAGAGGAAAGCUGGAUGUGAGAUGUGUCACGGCAUCACCAUUUUGUGUACUAUGUAUUCUGCAGCAGAGAUGACAAAAUCUAUAGCCAAACAGCCUGGAACCGUGUGCUCCAGACAACGGUUUAUAAAAAUGACAUAUCUUCUGAUAAAUUGUGACAUUUUGUUCCAUGAGAAAGUGUUACAUACGCUGAGCAGUGCAAAUUUAAAAGGAUUAAUAAAUACAGAUUUUUACAGUGCACGUUCAAGGCGACACUAUAUAGAUCUCACCUGCUUUUUCGUUUGGGGAGAGGAAAUUAAUUCAAUUACAUAAAAAAAACUCUACCUUUUCUGAAUUGAGAACAAGUACUUCUACAAAAUUAUGCCACGUAAUGAAAUCUAGAUUUGAACAGGGAAAUCAGACCACUCACAUUACUUGGCUUCCUCAUGUGGCAGAAACGAUGGUUUCACUUUGAUUGAGACCUAAAUUUGAACUAAUGAGAACACUUAACGGCCUUCCCGUUUCUGCAUUUGAUUAAAUUCAAUAAACUCUGUCCACUUCCUUGAAAUCUUAAAGCCUAGCACUUUGUGUAAAAAGGUUAAUGUCCAAUAUGGCUCUGCACUGGUUGUGACUAAAUGUCUGAAAAAAGCUCUUCAGUAGGAAGUUAUUAAAUGAGAGGGUUGUUCAUUCAUCACUGCGCAUAUCUUCUUUUACAUACGAUGGCUUAACUGACUGACAUCCUCACUGUGAUAGAACGAUGCUGCUUAGACCAUCGCAACAUGAAUUAAAUGAUCAUGCUACAUUACCAAAACACCAGCAAGAACAGACCAUUCUAGGGUAGAGAAACAAAGAACAAAACAUAGCAUGUAAAAAGGGACACAGGCAAUUUUCUCCUAAAAAUAAAUGCAAAUGCGCCGCAUUGCACAGCUUGAACGCAGCAAAGAUUAUAAUCACACCUGACAGCUUCAACAUUGAGUCAAUUAAGCCUGGGGAUAGCGAAUCUAAUAUUCCGUCGCCCAAACCUCUGCCCCAGCAAGACUCAGUCUUCCCGAUCAUUACAGACCUAGGACUUGAAAAGAGAGAAAACCCGCUUCAUGGAAACAAGACAGUUCUAUUACUUCAUAGCCACGGUCCAGUUGGUCCACCACGUCAAAAAUGCCUUUUUGACUGUGUGAGAAAGAGAGAGGGUGAGAAGAGCAAGGACAAGAAAGGGACGUCUAAACGGAGAGAAAGGCUGAACCGUAACGCAUAUCUCAGGAGAGCAUGCAGAAGAAGGCUGGGUCAGGAGGCAUUUGUAUGCAGCGCUGAGAAGACAGACAUUAGCAUCAGACUAAAGAAGCCGCUGCUGCAGUAGCUCUCUG